AUGGCAGUAGCGUGUUCAAACCACGCAUUGUUACCGAGUCUUCGUCCGCGUGAUGUGGAGCAGAAAAGAACAGCGACGCGGUUAGACUUUGAAGACGGAAGGUCGGCUUUUCUCAAAACAGGGUCCGCAAACACCAGCAGAACAGUGAAGCAGCUGUAUUCGGCGAACGGAACCGAAAAUGCUGAGAGAGCAGGUGCAAGAUCAAGGUUACGAAAGCCAACAGCACCACGAGAACGCCGAGCGAGGGUUCUGGCGGAAAAGCGUUAUAGCGGGUAUACGACGGUUAGCGAAGUCACAAUUCCGAUCAAAAAGCCGAAGAUCGUAGCACCGUGUCGACUCAUUCUCCUGCGAGACGCCGCGUUCGCGAACACCUCUAACCAGCCCACGAUCCAAGUCGCCUACACACCGCCUGCUGGGUGCGGCUUGGCCUGGAAGCAGGUGGUUCUCAGCGUUGGCGUGCGAGUGAAGGGGAUCCAGCAAGGAAGAGUUCUGUCCAUCUUCUUCAAUGGAUUCGAGCUCUCUAGAUCUCUAACCACGCCUGGUUCGGCCAAUGGAGUGCGCUUUGCGCUCGAGAGGGACCUCACCAAGUUUUCAAAAGUCCUGCGCAGGAAAGGUAGAUUCUACAUCACUAUGGAAAACGCCUUAGAUGAAGUGAACACCGGCAUAUUCUAUGUCGAUCUCGACGUGGCUUACUAUGGAGGACUGGUCGGACCACACGUGCCUCACAGCCUUCUCCCUCUCUCCUCCUCUAAGUCGCGUGGCCGGCCUCUUAUACUCUCUGGAAAAGACGCCAAGGGAAUCCUGGGGACCAGUCAGCAGUCGCCAGGUGGCGGGUCGUCCUUCAGCCUGGCGUCAGCUUCGGUCAUGGUGUCGAAAUUCCCUAGGAAUUUGGUCCGUGCUGAGCUGGAUCUGACGCUGACAGCGCAUGGUGAUGACAGGGCGUACUUCAGUAACAUGCUGGAGAGUUACCACUCCGCCCUUCCUGACCCUCUCAAGGCAAAUUUCGUCCCUGGAACCCCUUACCGCGAGAUAGUUGUCUACAUAGACGGCAGAUUCGCAGGAUCCUUCUUCCCCUUCCCCGUGCUCUCCCCCUCGUCCCUCCGCCGGUCCCUCUGGACCCCUGUGGUGGGGAUCGGGUGCUUUGCAUUGGAGCCAUACUCGUUAGACGUGACCCCGUUUGUGGGACUGCUUGCGGAUGGGAGGAAGCACAAUGUCACUGUAGCGGUUUCCGGGGUGCUGCCUGGAGGGGUGUGGCUGGCGAGUGGGGUGUUUCGCCUGUGGCUGGAUCCAAUCCUGCUGAAGACCACUGGGAAAAUCACCGUCUUUGAUGUCCCAGCGCUACAGUACUACGAGCCGCCGCCCAACAUCUACACUGGCAUAGAUGGAACCCUGGAGGCCACGGCCAUGCGGCGUUACACCAUUGGUGGGCGAAUCCUCUCUUCUCAUGGGGUGGUAACCAGCCUGGUCAAAGCCUACCACGUGCUUCAGAGCCGCACAGAAGCUCUCGGGCAGCUGAAAUUUCUCAAGACGGACUACAAUGUUGUUGCAAAUGUGACCACGAGGAGGGGCAGGCUGAGCGGAAUGCUGAUUGCAAAGGACACGGUGACACAUCACUUCCCAUUGACCAUCACCCAGACAGUGUUUACGGAUCAAGAUGGAAGUACCUCCUUCAAGCUCUCUCUCUCCCACAGCUUCCAGCAGCAGAGCUUUCACAAAGACGGCAACAGCCUCACCAAAUCCACCCAAGAAUCUCUAUCCAACUCCCAGACAUGCAACCUGCUUGAGUAUGGGAUCAGCACUGGUAGCACCGCUACUGGUACCUCCGGCCCGCUAACUAGCAGUGGGAUGAGUGCCACUAACAGCACUAGCACUAUAGCACCACCUGCUGCAAAUGGUUCAGAAGCUGGUGAUAGUGCUGACGCAACUGGUGUGGUGGUAGGGCCGUUUUCUACACCUAAUUUGGUGGUGGUGGGAGGGUCCCAGACCCUAAGCGUUAGAGGAAGCAACAAGAAGGCUUGCUUCUGGCGGAAUGUAGAAACGGGAGGCCUGCAAGUGCUCUCGGACGGAUCCGAGCACAAGUGCUAA